UAUCGUUAUCGGGGCAGUAAACAUAUGAUUUCUAAAUUUCUAAAAUUAAUUGAUGCAACGUAGCAAAAGGUAAAUAUCGCAACUAUAAAUAAGUAGAGUUAUAUAUAGGGCGCAUAUACGUUCACUAUAUUGAGCGUGUCAACAACUAUGACAACAACAACCUGUGAAUCAAAGUCGAAUGUGGAAAUUAAGACGAAAACAUAUGAAUACAAAUUAUUGGAAGAUGUGCACCUGACUCUACCUCCACCAGCUGGUAGUACAGGUGAGACCUUGUAUACCCAUGGAAGAUUCAAGUACUUUCAUUACGGCUGCGACGGUCACUCGGACGUGGGUUGGGGUUGCGGCUAUCGAACGCUCCAAACAGCCAUCUCUUGGAUUAUAAACAGACGCAAUGGAAGGUCAGCCAUGUUGAAUGUGCCUUCCAUUGAGGAGAUUCAGCGCUUGCUAGUGAGGAUUGGCGAUAAGCCAGCGCGAUUUGUUGGCUCACGCGAUUGGAUCGGCACCAUGGAGGAGUUUUUUGUGAUUGAUGCCCUAUUUGACAUACCCUGUAAAUUUGCGCACGUGCAGCAAUUGAACAGCGAGCAGGUGCUAAAGCAAAUACGUGAAUAUUUUGUGGAAUAUUGCGGUUUAAUUGUUAUGGGCGGGCUAAACGACACCGCAUCAAAAGCUAUUGCGGGCAUUCACCUGAGCCAAACGGCGGGCUGCUCGCUACUCAUUGUGGAUCCGCAUUUUACUGGCGUGCCUAGCUCCACGCAGCAGCUGAUUGAUCGCGGUUAUGUGCGUUGGAUGCACAGUAGUGAGUUGGAAGGCAGCGCCUACAAUCUGUGCUUCAUACUGGAAAAGUAACAAGUUGAAAUGGAAACGGUGUUGACAAAUUAAGCGAAAGUUGACAGAAACAAUAAAUUGCAAUAAUUUACAACACUGCUAAAGCUAUUGGAGAGGAUCGGGCAAGCUGACAGUGCUGCCUACUUAAUGAAAUUUGACAAAAAUAUAAAUAAUGAAUGAAGGAGCUCCAACAAUGUAUUCAUUGAACGAGAGAUAAAAGAAAAAACAAUUAAUAUGACAACACUGGAAACGGCUAGAGAGGAGCAGCUGCAAUCUUUGCUGAAUGCUGCAAAAAGUAGCAAAUGAAAUGGAUACAGUGUUGCCUACUUUACGACAUUUAUCAAAAAAUACUACGAAUAACUGGUCGAUAACAUCUGCAGGAUAUAUGUAUAUUAGAGGAUAUGCCAGUUUGUUACUUAAUGUGUAAUAUAAAAUACCUUAAAUUAGAGAAGUUUCU